GAAUAGAAAGCAAACCAUUUAGUGUGCUGUGCUAACAUGGCGAAUUUUCUUGGUCAUCAACAUCAUUAAUAGUAGCAAGUUGAGAAUUGGGAAUUUGUUAUGGGAUUUUUCUCAGCAAUUGCAAUAUUUUACUUUUUUGACAAAUUUUAUUUCCUGCACUUAACUUAGUUGUUGUUUAUAAAAAUGAGCGUCGACGCAUACGGACCGAGCUCUCAAACGCUCACGUUUCUGGAUACUGAGGAGACAGAUCUUAUUGGUGCUGAUACUCAGGGUUCUGAAUUUGAAUUUACUGACUUUACUUUACCUUCACAAAGUCAAACGCAAGCCUCUCAACAUGACCACGGUUUAGCUUCGUCAAACCAGGUCAACGGCUUAGGAAGAUCCGAUCUAACUUCGAAAUUAUCAAGUGUAACUAAUGCAAUAGCAGAAUUGCAAUUCGAGGAAGAUGAUGAAGCUCUGUAUAGCAGCAAAGAGUUGCCUGAUCAUGCAUGCAAAUAUUGUGGCAUACACGACCCAGCCACUGUUGUUAUGUGCAACAUCUGUAGUAAAUGGUUCUGUAAUGGACGUGGCAAUACAUCAGGGUCCCACAUAAUUAACCAUUUAGUGAGAGCAAAACACAAGGAAGCUGCAUUACACCGUGACGGCCCUUUGGGAGAGACCUUACUUGAGUGUUAUUCUUGUGGAGCUCGGAAUGUUUUUGUUCUGGGAUUUAUACCAGCGAAAGCGGAUUCCGUUGUUGUGCUUCUGUGCCGACAACCUUGUGCUGCACAAAGUUCGCUGAAAGAUAUGAAUUGGGAUCAAGAGCAAUGGAAACCGUUGAUAUCGGAUCGGGCUUUCCUAUCCUGGCUCGUUAAAGUACCAUCUGAAGCUGAACAAAUGAGAGCUCGCCAGGUAACACCACAACAAAUUGGACGACUCGAAGAGCUUUGGAGAGAUAAUGUGGACGCCACAUUCCAAGAUUUGGAGAAACCAGGAGUUGAUGAAGAGCCACAUCAAGUGUUGUUGAGAUAUGAAGACGGGUAUCAAUAUCAAAAUAUAUUUGGUCCUUUGGUUAAAUUAGAAGCUGAUUACGACAAAAGAUUAAAGGAGUCACAAACGCAAGAAGGAAUUGAAGUCCGUUGGGAUGUGGGACUCAAUAAGAAAACAAUUGCUUACUUCACUUUGGCUAAAACUGACAGUGAUAUGAAACUCAUGCAUGGUGAUGAAUUGAGAUUGAGGUAUAUUGGAGAACUUCACAAAGCGUGGUCAGGCGUGGGUCACGUGAUAAAGGUGCCAGACAACUACGGCGACGAUGUAGGGCUUGAGUUGAAAAGCGGCGCCGGCGCACCACUCGACUGCACUUCCAAUUUUGUGGUCGAUUUUAUAUGGAAGAGCACGUCUUUUGAUCGAAUGCAACUAGCUUUACGCAAAUUCGCGGUGGAUGACUCGUCUGUAUCGGGGUACAUCUACCGCCGUCUACUCGGCCAUGAAGUGGAGGAAGUUCUGUUCCGUGUUCAUUUACCGAAACAUUUCAGCGCACCUAAUCUACCCGAUCUUAAUAGAUCACAGGUAUAUGCUGUGAAACACGCACUUCAACGCCCCUUAUCGUUGAUCCAAGGUCCUCCCGGCACAGGUAAAACUGUUACAUCGGCGACUAUUGUAUAUCAGCUUGUAAGACAAAAUGGUGGACCUGUUCUCGUAUGUGCGCCAUCAAACACAGCGGUUGACCAGCUUACUGAGAAGAUCCAUCGAACUGGACUGAAAGUAGUUAGAUUAUGUGCCAAGUCGCGUGAAGCAAUGGAGUCCUCGGUAUCAUUUUUAGCACUACACGAACAAGCACGUGCUUUGGGUUCAGCAGAUAGUGAAUUGCGCAAGUUAACUAGAUUAAAGGAAGAAGCCGGGGAACUGUCGGCGGCUGAUGAAAGAAGAUAUAGAGCAUUGCGUAGAGCGGCAGAACGUAGACUUCUCGAUGCUGCCGAUGUUGUUUGUACAACUUGCGUCGGAGCGGGCGAUCCUAGAGUUGCUCGCAUGCGAUUUCAAUCUAUUCUCAUCGACGAGGGCAUGCAAUCUACGGAACCUGAAUGCAUGGUACCCGUUGUUCUUGGUGCUAGACAACUUAUACUGGUAGGAGAUCACUGUCAGUUGGGCCCGGUCGUAAUGUGUAAAAAGGCGGCGAAAGCUGGUCUCAGUCAAAGUCUUUUCGAAAGAUUAGUUGUUCUUGGAAUUCGUCCAUUCCGCCUUGAAGUUCAAUAUCGCAUGCAUCCAGAACUUUCGCGAUUCCCCUCAGAUUUCUUUUAUGAAGGAUCGCUUCAGAAUGGCGUCAGCGCUGAAGAGAGACGCCUUCACAAAAUUGAUUUUCCUUGGCCGAGACCCGAUAGACCUAUGUUUUUCUAUGUAACACAAGGACAAGAAGAAAUCGCGGGAUCAGGGACAUCUUAUCUGAAUCGUACUGAAGCCGCCAAUGUGGAAAAAUUAACAACUCGCUUCUUAAAAGCCGGUGUCAGACCUGAGCAAAUAGGCAUCAUUACACCUUAUGAAGGACAACGAUCUUAUUUAGUGCAACAUAUGCAGUACCAAGGAAGUUUGCACGCCAAAUUAUACCAAGAGAUCGAGGUCGCCAGCGUCGACGCUUUCCAAGGUCGUGAAAAAGACAUCAUAAUCAUGUCGUGCGUCCGUUCUAACGAGCAUCAAGGAAUUGGAUUUUUAAGCGACCCGCGCCGUUUGAACGUAGCUCUAACCCGCGCAAAAUAUGGUCUCAUCGUGGUCGGCAACCCAAAAGUUUUAAGUAAACAGCCACUGUGGAACCAUCUGCUGGCGUUUUACAAGGAGCGUCGCGUGUUAACCGAAGGGCCCCUGUCCAACCUGAAAGAAUCCGCAAUACAGUUUGCGAAGCCGAAGAAACUGGUGAACGCCCAGAACCCCGGGUCGCACUUCAUGUCGACGUCCAUGUUCGACGCGCGCGAGGCGAUGGUGCCGGGCUCGGUGUACGACCGCGCGCGGCCGCUGCGCGACCCGCUCGCGUACGUGGGCCCGGAGCGCGCCGCCAUGCUGCACGCGCCCGUGCCGCCCGCCGCCUUCUCGGCGCACCGCGGCCUGCAGCGCCCGCCCGCCGCCGGCCUGCAGCGCGGCGGCAGGAAGCGGCCGCCGCGCCUGUCGCAGGAGCCGCUGUCGCAGCAGCCGCCGCUGUCGCUGUCGCAGGGCGCGUCGCAGCCGGACUUCAGCCAGGAGUCGGCCGCGCCGGACUGCCCGUCGCAGCCGGACGGGCUGCUGUCUCAAGACUCCACGUACCAGGGCGGGUUCCGCGCGCGAUGCAGCCAGUACUGAGAGCAGCGGGCGGACCGCCGCGGGCCGCGCCGCUUCAGCCGACCUCGCUCCCUCGGGGAGACACGGGACCGACGAGAGACGCCGACGCACCGUGAACCGGACCGACGCCCGCCCGGCGCCGGGUGACAGACGCUCCCCGGGCCCGAGGGCGCGCGGCGAGGGGCCUGCCUCGCCCCGGUCGCGCCGGCGGCGGGAUCGCGAGCAGCUCCCCGCCCGAACAUCUCGAGAGUGUAGUGCACCUUACGACACGGGCUAGGUUUACAUUUCAUCGUUACGGGGAUAGUAUAUUGAAUGUUCGACCUCCAUUCAUUUGUUAUAUUGAGCGUUUCGAUAUCAGUGGUCGUAAAUAGUCAUGCGAAUUAAGUCGAUGUGACGACCAUCAAGCACAAACUAAAAAUUUAUGUUCCCACAUUAUUCUAAUAAUCUCUUUGUACCCUUCGAAUCGUACGGGGUACGAGAAUCAUUAAAUCGCCCAUUAAAAAGUAUGUAGGUUUAUUAUUUCUAUAUUAUUUUAAAAAAACAAAAAAAAAUAUCAAUUAGCCAGUUAGCAUUAUUCAUAAGGGCAUUGUAAGUGGUUUAUGUUCAUUUCGCUAUCACUCAUAUUAUUGACAUUAACAAAUUGUUAAGUCAGAAUCUUCUAGACAAUAUAUCAGCAAUAAAUACUUCAUUGUUUUUCCUUCUACAAUUUAACCUAUAUAAACGUUUCUUUAACACAUGCUUACUCCUAAAAUUUAUUCUACCGAAUGUUAAGUGAGAGCUUUCAUGUGAUAUGUAUUUAAUUUUUCGAGACUAUUUUAACUUACCUACGCAAUGUAUCAAAUUAUCUAUUAACAAUUUCCUGCCCUUAAUAGACAUUUAGAGAAAUAGAUAUUAUACGAAAUAGUAAUUUUAUAUAAUUCUAUAGACGUGUUGAUCAAAUUCGUUAUUGAAAAAUUUAAAGUUAAUAUUUUUUUUUUGUAGAAAAUGAAAUUAUGAAAACCGUUUGUUCAAUGAUUUGUGAUUUUAAUAAAAUCGAAUGCCUAAAAAUAACUUUUUAAGUGUAAAACUGUUUAGUAUAAAAUAUAUUGACGUUUUUCCUGUUACUUUUAUGAAAUUUCCUUGUUUUUAUAAGAACUUAUUUUAUAUUGUGAGGGAAAAUCAAUAAAGGUUCUAUCAUCAA